CGGACCUCGCCAAAACGCACAAGCGGCGUGUUUUGCGACGCGGAGAGAGAGGUGGAUCCGUGUGCCAACUACUCGUGCCGCCGCAUUCCGAAGUAAACACAACGCACAGAGCAGCAGGAUGUGAACGCUUAGGUCCCUCUCUGGAGCCCGGUCUCCCGCGGCGUUGGUUCGAGCUCAGUGGCGUGUGGCCGUGGGGGGAGACUGUCUGCUGCUGCUGAUGCUGAUGCGGGCAUGGAGCAAUGAUGUGCUUUUACCUGCUCCCUUUCUCCAUCCUCUCUCGGUUAAAGCCCAACUAAGACACUCGACGACAGAAUUCCCAACACUGAUCCGAGGCAGCAACGACCAAAAGAAAGAUGAAAUUUCCCAGUGAGAAUCCAAGAAAACCGGGGAACAUGAACCCACCUCCAGUUCCAGUUCACACCAACCUGGUCCCCCCGAAAAAGGUGCAGCCAGGCAUGCUUCAGUCCAGCCUGGUGCACGCCAGUCUGGCCACCAUGCAGAACCCCAUGGGCUGCUCCGUGCCUCGCCUGUCCGUGUCCCGACCGGCGAGCAUGGUGGCCAGCAUAGAGGCGGGACCAGAUGGUACGGUGGUCUUCACCUUCAUGAAGCUGAAGACCGUGCUGGCUGUGUUCGUGGUGGUGGUCCUGUACCUGGUGGUUGGAGGGCUGGUGUUCCAGGCUCUGGAACAGCCUUUUGAGGACAACCAGAAGAUCACCAUCACAGCAGAGAAGGCAGCAUUCCUCCACAGGCACCCCUGUGUGAGCCCAGCCGAACUGGAGGCCAUCAUCAAGCACUCAGUGGAUGCGGUGAACGCUGGAGUGAAUCCGACCGGGGACACCUCCUACAACUCCAGCCACUGGGACCUGGGCAGUGCCUUCUUCUUCGCUGGGACGGUCAUCACCACCAUUGGCUACGGGAACAUCGCUCCGAGCACAGAGGGGGGUAAGAUCUUCUGCAUCCUCUACGCCAUCUUCGGAAUCCCGCUCUUCGGCUUCCUGCUGGCAGGGGUCGGCGACCAGCUCGGGACCAUCUUUGUCAAGAGCAUCGCCCGUGUGGAAAAGAUUUUCAAAAACAAAUCCAAUCAGAUCAGCCAGACAAAGAUUCGCGUGGCGUCCACUCUGCUCUUCAUCUUGGCCGGCUGCAUCCUCUUCGUCACCAUCCCGGCUGUUAUCUUCAAGUACAUCGAGGGCUGGACUGCGCUGGACUCCACGUAUUUUGUGGUCAUCACUCUCACCACUGUGGGGAUAGGAGACUAUGUGGCAGGGGGAAACCGGCGUAUCGAGUACAGGAAGUGGUACCGUCCUCUGGUGUGGUUCUGGAUCCUGGGUGGUUUGGCGUACUUCGCUGCAGUGCUAAACAUGAUUGGUGACUGGCUCAGGGUGCUAUCCAAGAAGACCAAAGAGGAGGUUGGUGAGAUAAAGGCUCAUGCUGCAGAGUGGAAGGCUAAUGUUCGUGCUGAGCUGAGGGAGACGCGGAGGAGGAUGAGUGUGGAGGUCCAUGACAAACUGCAGCGGGCGGCCACUAUCCGCAGUAUGGAGCGCAGACAGCUGGGGCUGGACCAGCGCGCUGUGUCCCUGGACAUGCUGUCCCCGGAGCGCCGUGCCAUCUUCAACAGUCUGGACACUAACACGAACAGCUACAAGACGUCCUCUCAAGAAAGCAUCGACACCAAGCUCAACAACCUGCGUCUGCGCGGGGCGGAGCAGAGCGAGCGGCGGUCAAAUCAGCAGGCCACAUCAGAGGACAACAUUUUCAACCGGCUGGGCUCUGUCACCAAGCUGGCGAAGCGCAGUAGGAACAAAGAUCUGAAGAAGAACAUCCCCGAUGAGGCACGGCGCCCACACAGUGAAGCCUAUGGGUGCAGCUCUCCUAUGUUUGAAUGUAGCACGCCCACGAGCGAUGACAAGUGCAAGGACGAGCCAGAAGACGAGGACAAGGAGUGCAACAUGAGCCUCUCCGACUUCCCCCUAUAUGUGCCUCAGAACACUUUCACUGUGGAGCCCCCCAGAGACAGCCAGAGCACCAUCAGGCUGGAGGAGCUGCAGGGAGACAUGGGGCUGUAACUGAGCUCCAGUGUUUUUAAUGUCAGUAUUUUAGUGCCUUAGGCCCCUGUGUGAGACAGAGACAGGGGCACCAUCCCGUUGUCAAGUCCACUGUAAUGUACACAUGCUGUGUGGCCUCCAUGGCUCCAUACUGUAGACUGUCCACUCUGGAGGACAUGAAAACUCUGGUAGAAUAGUGCAUGUGUGUAAUGGUCACCUGGUGAUGUGCCUACUGUUCAAACAUCAUGUGGCACCAUCUUCACCUCUCUGUUCUAAAGCUACUGUCUGCACCUUUGAGGUCCAUUUUCAACAGCACUCCAGUCUUCUUGGUGAGUCCAUAUUUACAUGCAGUCCAGUGCAGGGCAGAGGCAGCAGAGAGCCAAAGUCUGAUUCCACACUCACUCUCUCAUUCAAUAAGAACACUUUGCUGUGUAACAUGCACUGGAGUCCAUGGAUGUGUUUCGUAUAUUGAUGAUGAAGUAAUUCUGUUGUACCAAAUGUUUUAACUAUAAUGCCGUGACUAUGAAAAGUAAAGACCCAUCUGACUAGCUACAGUAGAAGUGAGGUAGCUGCCAUGCUGUCCAUCUGCCACUGUCUUUGUAAAACCUCACCUGUCCACCUCACUUGUCCACCUCUCUUGUCCUGUCAUCUGUGCAUGGUCCCUGCCUGCUCCUGUCACUCACUGUGUCCAUGGUAACCUCUCAACACUAUCUCAGGGCUCAGGCUCAAUUCAUGUGAGGCCUUCAAACACCACUUAAAAUGACCUGAAUUCAGAAUAUUGAUUAAAUAUUGAUAGUUUUGCAUGAAUAUAUAGUUUUUAUAGGCCUGGAUUAUAUGACAUUUCGAGGUAUUUCAAGUUUUAAUUUUAUUUUAUCAAGUCAGUGGACACAGAAAAUUGCAGUAGCCAUAAACAAAACGUAUUCCACUGACAGGAGGAUUUUUGUUUGCGUUCUAAAACCAGUCAAAUAAUUAAGGUCUAAAUGAUUAAUAUUCUGAAUUCAAGUCAUUUUCAUGAAUUUCUUUAAACAGUGCAGCGCCUAAUGAAAGAAGAAGAAAUACCGAAUGCUACUCAAAAAAAUAAAAAAACAAAAAACACUAUGCAGAUAAACAGUGGCCACUCAAUAUGAACUUUUUACAACUGGACCCACAGAAGAAUCCAUGACCUCCUCUCCCCAGACACUUCGCACCGCACCUUAAGAGUAAUCUCACAGUAUUCAAGAAUUGUCUGUAAAAUGCAGUUCACAAAUAAUGUACAGGGAAGCACCAAAUGCAGUACUUUAUUAAUGAGACAUGGACAUUACAACUGUCUGUAGCACUACAUAAAAACUACACCUUACUUUACGUUAAUACAGCAAGAACUAGGGCUUAAGUCAUGAUGAACAAAUAGUUUAUUAACAAUGAUUCAGGCUUAGAAACUACUUCAUUAAAUGGUUAGGAUUACGGCCUUGUAUUUUUUCUCAAUUAUCUAAGCAAAAUUCGUCUUUCCCCAGCAAAGCUAUAUUGUAUAAGCAGCUCUUGAAGUCAAAAUAUGCCUACUGUGUGUUUGCAUCUAACUAUUACGUUUUACUGACAGAGAAUCAGUGAUUAGCAUGAUAAUUGUUGUUAGCAUGCUCCGCUCUGGCCUCUGAAAGUUGUGAAAAUCACUUCUAAAUUCAUUGCAGUGAAUAAUUACAAUACUUGGGAUGAAAAUUUUUUAAAAUUAACUAGUUCUGAUUUUCAUUAUGAAUUAAGUCCUUGUUCAUGCUUUAUUAUGAGUAUUAAAGUAGUGUAGUUACUGUAGUGUUACCCAACUGUCCCCAUGCACUACAUAUCUUCACAGUUCUAAUGUGAAUGCACCUGAUGCCCUAGAACUGGCACUUUUUUAAAUGCUUUAAAGAACUCCAGAAAUAUAUAUAUAAAUAAUCUACAAAGAAGAUGAAAGAAACGGCAUGCUCUGUGCAGACCCCGCGACGUCCAUGGUGUUGACUGUAAAUCACCACAUGCUUCAAACACCUCUCCAGCACUUUGGUUUUUCUGCUGAUGUCAGGACACAGCUGUAUGAAGACACUGCUUCAAGUAACGUGCAAUCACUGUUAUGCCUU